UGCGCGUUGUAUGCUGCAGCUUUCUCCAGGACGCCACCACAGAAGACACGAUGUUCGGGUUCUCCAGCCGUCUGUUUUGGGCAGCCACCUGCCUGUCUGUGGUCUGCGUGCUGUCUGAGGAGAACUCGUCCGUGACUCCAGCAGAGACUGAACUACUCUCUUCAGCAACCACCAAGGUGGCCCCGACGCCGGCGACGCUGGUCACCACUCUAGUACCAGAAGAAACCUAUGAAAGACAAAACAGCUGUGCUUCCUGUGUAAAUGUUAGCAUUAACAAUACUACCUGCUUUUGGAUAGAAUGUAAAGAAGCAAAUAAGAGCUACUGUUCAUAUAACCCAACAGUUAGUAAUUGUAGCGUGGGGAACAGCACUAAGUUCUGUUCUGUGCCUACUGCGACUCCAGUGCCAACUAAUUCUACAGCUAAAGUCACAACUCUGCCUUCCUCUUCUACAUAUUCCACCACAGUUACCACAUCAGAUGCAACAAAUACCACUAUGGCUCCAACCUCACCUGCACGGAAGUCUACCUUUGAUGCAGCCAGUUUCAUCGGAGGAAUUGUCCUUGUUUUGGGCGUGCAGGCUGUAAUUUUCUUUCUCUAUAAGUUCUGCAAAUCUAAAGAACGAAAUUACCAUACUUUGUAAGCAGACCCAUUAAAUUAACAAGGACUGGCAGUUCAUUUGUGUAACUCACUGAAACCAAAAUACUAUCUUACAAGAAGUCCUACAUGGAAGACACUAUUCCAGGAUCUUUAAAUUUCCAAAGGAUGCAUAUAGGAUAUUUUGGAACAUCAUCCCUGAAGAAAAAUCAGUUAAUGUUUUACUUAACAGGAAUAUUUAAAAAAUAUUCUGCAUGAAUCCUUGUGGCUGUCGUCUUUUAUUUUCAAUGGCUGCUGCUGUGGGAUUAUGUUUCUGUUCAUGCCAAAUGUAACUUUCUAUAAGUGAUGGAGAAUGUUGUCUGGUGCAGACAACCUCCUGACUCUUGGUAGUUUAAGUUUAGUUAUCUUAAAGCCUGAAAGCUGCAUUAUUUUUAUGCUAAUUCAAGAUGUAAUUUAGUGGCCAGAAUUGAGAAGGUGUGCCAAAUGAGCAUCAAAUCAGGUGGAUUUUUGGCUAUCCUUUCAAAGGUGGAAUAAAUUUAUUAAUUUAGUAGUACUAAACUGUAUCCAUAGAGUAAAAUUUUGUGCUUGAUAAGUUAUUUUUUUCUACAUUAGAAAUAACAUGCUACAUGGGGAAUUACAUUCCAGAUUUAAAGAAAUGAAUGGAAAGGAUACAGACCAUUAAUGUUUAACAGGAUAUUAUUCAUACUUUAAAAAGCACCUUAUAUCACUGAGAAAAUAAAGAACAGUGCCUUAAAAGACAGACUGAAAAGUAGGCUGAACUUAAAAUCUGUGAUUUGUUCUUUGAUAUUAAGGAAGACAAAAGUCGGUUUUGAGAUUGUAACUAUUGAUGUAAGCAGUAGUAAACCUGAUUUUAGAUAUCAUACUGUUAAUAUUUAAAUUAAAAGCAUACCUAUUUUUCCCCCUAGAGCUGAGAAACUUAUGCUAAUUACUAUUUUACAAAGUUUAAAAACUUCACAUUGAAUUUCACAACAUUUUUCUUUGGGCUGUUGAAAAGAAUUGUGAUAAAAUUAUGUUUCCUUUGUGUUCAAAAAAAUAUCUUAACACUAUGAACCUUGAAAGGAUUUAUACCAAGCUUACCUGGAAAGUAACUACUUUCAUGAAGUAAAAAAGAAAGAAUCAUUUAUUAGCUCUUUAAGUAAGACAAUCAUUUUAAGUUUUCAGAUGGCAGAUGUGAUCAGUAUAAUUUCGGAAAAUCUAAGGAUUUUUUAUCAGAUUACUAUAGAUUUUUAAUGAUGCUUGCCCUAGAUGUGUAGUCUGUACUUCCACUUUUCCCCCUCCUCUUCUCCUUCUUUCUUCAUUUCAACUCCCAUAAUAUAAAUAAGCAUACAUAUUUUUGUUUCUACAGUUUCUUAAGCACUAGUUUUCUUACUUUUAGAGGGUUGCUUCUCCCUUUUCUUUGACACAUUGGAUUAGUUCAGAGGCUUUAAUUAGUUUAAAAUGGACUUUUGCUUUUUUAGGUCAUUUAAGUGUUUUUGUUUUUAAGCCUUUAGUGGCUGAGUUUAGCACUUGAUUUUCAAUAGUUUAUAGGGAAAUGACAAAUGCCUUUGUUCAUUUCAUAAACCAAAACUUGUAUUUAGGUCAUUAUAUUAAAGGUUCUUAAAAUGAA